AUGGGGGGAGUUAUGGUUCAUUGCUUGGUGGAUACUGGGUCCAUGGUGUCCACCGUCACAGAGAGCUUUUUCCUUCAGCACUUUGAGCCCUGGGGCCAAGAGAAGCUUCAAUCUUGUCACUGGCUGCAGCUCAGGGCAGCCAAUGGGUUAGCCAUCCCUUACAUCGGCUACUUGGAGCUGGACAUUGAGCUAUGUGGAAAGGUAAUGGCAAGCUGUGGCGUGUUGGUGGUCAAGGACCCCCCCGGUGGUGUCUCUUCUGCAGUCCCUGGUAUCUUGGGGAUGAACAUCAUUCGAAGAUGUUAUCAAGAGCUCUUUGGACAGCAUGGGUUGGCCUUGUUUUCCUUACCUCCUGUAUCUGAGGCCCCCCAGUCAUUCAUUGAGGCUUUGCAAAAAUGCCAUCAGUCCAGUGUGCAGCCCCCCCCUGGCGUCUCAGGAGGGGUAAAAGUGCGUGGAAGGAAGGCUUGUCGUAUCCCUGGUGGCAUGAUGAAGAUUGUUGCAGCCACAUGCUCAGAGCAGUACUCAAGUGGCACUGUGUUAUUUGAGCCCUUGGAUUCGGGUCUUCCGGCUGGCUUGCUUGCCUCUCCAGCUCUGGUUCGGGUGGAAAGGGGCACCGCCUAUAUUCCUAUUGUGAACGUAGGCUCCGUAGACGUGUUGCUCUAUCCCCGCACACUGGUAGGCACACUCGAUCAAGUUAGGCUGGUUAACUUGCCUGUUGGUGUCACCGAAGUAUCAUCUAGUGUGGCCAGAGUGGCAUCCCAGGCUGCCUUUCCCUCUGUGCCUGACCAGCUGGAUGCUCUGGACCUGUCUUCCUUGCCUGCUGAAGAACAGGUUAAGGUACGGUCUCUUUUGACAAAGCACACAUCUGUCUUUUCUGCUCACGAAGGGGACUUGGGUUGCACCACCUUGAUCUCUCAUGACAUCCCUCUUCUUGAUGACGUCCCCGUGAAGCAACGCUAUAGGCGCAUUCCCCCGUCUGAGUACGAGGUAGUGAAGGAGCACAUCAACCAACUUCUUGAGUCACAGAUCAUAAGAGAGAGUUGCAGCCCCUACGCAUCCCCCAUCGUGCUAGUGAAAAAGAAAGAUGGCAGCCUGCGCAUGUGCGUAGACUACAGGCAGCUGAACAGCAAAACCAGGAAAGAUGCUUUUCCUCUCCCUCGAAUCGAAGAGUCCCUUGAUGCGCUGACCGGUGCCAGUUGGUUUUCCACUAUGGAUUUAGCCAGUGGGUAUAACCAGGUACCAGUUGCAGAAGCAGACCGGCCAAAAACUGCGUUUUGCACCCCGUUUGGCCUCUUUGAGUGGAAUCGGAUGCCCUUUGGACUCUGCAAUGCUCCUGGCACCUUCCAAAGAUUGAUGCAGCGGAUCUUCGGGGACCAACAAUGCCAAUCUUUGCUUUUAUACCUUGAUGACAUCGUGGUAUUCUCUUCCACUGUGGAUCAACAUCUUGAGAGGUUGGAGGUCGUGCUGAGAAGGCUACAGCAUGAGGGCUUAAAGGCUAAGCUAUCAAAGUGUGCUUUCUUCCAGCGAGAGGUGCGUUACCUGGGCCAUGUGAUUUCUGACCAGGGUGUCUCUACUGAUCCCAGCAAACAGGAGGUGGUAGCCAGUUGGCAGCCCCCCACUACCAUCUCUGGACUGCGGUCGUUCCUUGGUUUUGCCAGUUACUACCGUAGGUUUGUGGAGGGCUUUGCCAAAUUGGCGGCCCCUCUACAUACGUUGGUGGCUGAGUUGGGAGGCACCAAGUCCAAAAGGAGAUCAGAGCGUGAAAUUGCUGGGAACUGGACUGAGGGGUGUCAUAGGAGCUUUGAGGCUCUCAAGACAAAGCUCACCACGGCACCUGUGCUUGCCUAUGCCGACUUCUCCCUCCCAUUCAUUCUGGAGGUCGACGCAAGCUUUGGUGGCCUCGGAGCUGUGCUAUCACAGGAGCAAGGUGGUAAGGUCAGGCCCAUAGCUUAUGCCAGCAGAGGUCUGAGGCCCACGGAACGCAAUUCUGCCAACUACAGCUCUAUGAGGCUGGAGUUCUUGGGGCUCAAGUGGGCCAUGACUGAGAAAUUUAGGGAAUAUCUGCUUGGUCAUAAAUGUGUUGUCUUCACUGACAACAAUCCCCUUAGCCACCUGUCCACGGCAAAGCUUGGAGCCACUGAACAACGUUGGGCAGCCCAACUUGCGUCUUUCGACUUUGAGAUUAAGUACCGCUCUGGUAGAAGUAAUGGAAAUGCUGAUGCCCUGUCCCGUCAGCACCCACCAGGGGUGCAAGAUCUUGAAGCUAUGCUCCCUAGCACCUCGCUCCCCUUGCCUUUACGGCAAGCCUUGCCAGUAGCACAGGCAACCCAAGCAGCUGUCAUAGCCUUGCCUCAUCAUACACAGUCUGAUAUGGAGGCACUUCAGCAAGCCGACCCCGUCCUUCAGGAACUCUUGGUGUUCUGGAGAAGGAGGCAGCGUCCAAGCAAUGAUGAGAGGAAGCAGUUGUCCCGGCAAGCAUUGGCACUGCUCCCCCAAUGGGACCGGUUAGUUGAGAGGAGUGGGGUCCUCUAUCGCCAGAUCUUUCGCUUUGAUGGGGCUGAAGCAUUUCUGCAGCUGCUUUUGCCAGCUGCUUUGAGAGAGCAGGUGUUCACCGAAGUCCACCAGAGGCAUGGCCACCAAGGUAUUGAAAGAACCUUGGAGCUACUUAGGCAGCGGUGUUACUGGCCAGGUAUGUCCUCCGAGGUGGUACAUUGGUGCAGCAGUUGUGAGAGGUGUCAAAUUGCCAAGGACACUCGACCAGCGGCUCGUGCUCCCAUGGGACACUUGCUGGCUUCUAGACCCAAUGAAAUUCUAGCCAUUGACUUCACUGUCUUGGAGCCCACCUAUAGUAGGUUGGAAAAUGUCCUUGUAAUUACAGACAUUUUUAGCAAGUACACUUUGGCCUUGCCACCCCGCGACCAACGAGCCUCCACUGUGGCUCAAGUUCUGGUUACAGAAUGGUUUUCAAAGUUUGGUGUCCCAGCCCGUAUACAUUCAGACCAAGGCCGAAACUUUGAGAGCAUUCUUAUCCAACAACUUUGCAGCCUCUAUAACAUCGAAAAAUCUCGCACUACUCCCUACCAUCCGGCAAGCAAUGGUCAAUGUGAACGGUUCAACCGAACCCUUCACAACUUGCUGCGUACUCUGCCUGUGUCUCGGAAACGGGAUUGGAACUCUUGCUUGCCACAACUACUGUAUUCGUACAACACUACUCCCCAUCAGUCAACUGGUGAAUCUCCAUUCUUGUUGAUGUUUGGACAAGAGCCAAGGCUCUCAGUUGAUUUUCUGUUGGGUAGAGUCCCUGAUCCAGUCGGUGGUCCAGUCCAUGAGUGGAUUCAGGAGCAUCAGGCAAAAUUGCAAAUUGCCUUUGAAGGAGCUCAAGAGAGGUUAAAAACUGCAGCAGAGCGCAGAAAGAGGUGCCAUGACCAGUAUGUCAAAGAUGUCCCAUUGAACGAGGGCCAGUUAGUCUGGUUGCGAGAUUGUGGUGCAAGAGGGCGCCAUAAGAUCAGGGAUAUUUGGAGUUCUGUCAGGUAUAUAGUGGUGAAAGCACCAAACGGCGGUUCGGUGUACACGAUUGUACCUGCAAACGACCUGACCAAAACCAAACGGGUCCACCGCACUUUGUUGAAAGCUGUGAUUGGCACACACUCCAGAUGGUCUCCAGAUGAUGUCCCUGUCCCUCUCUCAAUUCCUCCUGACUCACCACAGUCAGAUGAUGAGCUUUCCUUUGAUGAGCAAGGCAGUGAUGAGGAGCGGCCCAGAAGAAGAGGGGACUUCGGUGAUGAUCUGGAGCAGACGUCUUCAUCCAGGCGAAGGUCGCCAAGACGUCAGAGAGAACAACCGCUUCACCGCGAGCCAAAGUUGUGGCCACUGGGGCCAGAUGACGACAUUGAACAGUUCCUCACCACCUUCGAACACAUGGCCCAGGUCUGUCGUUGGGACCAAGAAGAGUGGGCUGUCCGAUUGGUUCCCCUGCUGACUGGUAAAGCACGCAGUGCGUACAUGCUAAUGGACAUUAGAGACUCUGAGGACUACGAGCAAGUCAAAGCAGCAAUCCUAGCCAAAUAUGAGAUCACCGCUGACACCUAUAGACGGAGGUUUCGUGCCCUCGACAUCCAACAGGACGAGACCCCACGUGAGCUGUACGUCCGACUGAAGGACCUCUUCUGCAAGUGGGUUAGGUUUGAGACGUCCAGCAUCAAAGACAUUUGUGAGAUACUCAUCCUUGAACAGUUCCUCCGCAUGGUGAACCCAGAGAUGGAAGUUUGGAUCCCGGAACAUGAUCCUAAGUCGGCGGAGGAAGCGUCCCGCCUCGCUGAAGUAUUUCAUUCAGCAAGGACAGAAAGCAAAAGCUUUGCGAACUGCCAGAACCGAUACCCGUCGGGCAAAAGUAAUGCUUAUGGGGGUGAAAAGGGUAGUGGUUACACCUAUGGUAGCAAUAGCAGCGGCAAGCAAACCACGCCAAGUCGAAUGACCUAUGCUAAGAGGCAAGUUCAGCCAGAAGUAAGGUGCUACCAUUGUAAUGAGGUUGGCCACACACGACCCACCUGCCCAGUGGCUAGGCAGAGUAAGCCCUCUCUUCUUUGGACUGUUCCAGUUCCGGGUGGUGCCCCUGCGACCUUCCAGAGGCUCAUGGACCAAGUACUGCGGGAGUUUGCAACAUUUUCCGCAGCUUACUUGGACGAUGUUGUGAUCUUCAGCCAAACAUGGGAAGAACACAGGGAUCACCUACAACAGGUCCUCCAUGCGAUCCAAGCUGCUGGACUGACCAUCAACCCCCGUAAAUGCGCCUUUGCCAAGGAAGAGGCGGAGUACCUGGGCUACGUCAUUGGGGGAGGUGUCAUCCGCCCACAGCUGAGUAAGAUCGAAGCGAUUACCUCCUACCCCGUGCCAACUACAAAGAAGAAGGUAAAGUCUUUCUUGGGGUUAGUCAAUUGGUAUCGGAAGUUCAUCCCUCAGCUGUCAGAAAGAGCAGUUGUGUUGACCAACCUCACCAAGGCCUCGGUGCCAGCCAAAGUCCGCUGGAACGAGGACUGUGACAGAGCUUUCAAGGACCUGAAGCAAGCCAUUACCACUGAGUCAGUCCUUCACUCACCAGACUUUAAUCAGCUAUUCACCGUUCAGACAGAUGCCUCAGGGGUAGGCCUUGGAGCGGUAUUGCUGCAGGAAGUGGAUGGGAAGCUGAAACCAGUGGUUUUCCUCAGUCGGAAGCUGUUGGACAGGGAGACAAGGUACUCAACCAUUGAAAAGGAGUGCCUGGCGAUUAAGUGGGCCAUCGACUCCCUGAGGUACUACCUUCUCGGACGGCAGUUCAUACUGGAGACAGACCAUCGUGCACUUCAAUGGCUUCACAAGAUGAAGGACGCAAACAUGCGUAUCGCGGGGUGGUACCUUGCCUUGCAGCCGUAUAACUUUACGGUCAGGUACCGGCCGGGGAAGUCAAACCUGGUAGCUGACUGGUUGUCCCGAAGCCAAAACGGUUAG